UCAAAAGAGAGUCCAAAGAUGUCUACUAAACACUUGCUAGUGUUGUUCCUUGCUGUUGUGGUUCUCACCACCGCCUCAUUAGCCGACCACCACAAGCCACCUGAACAUGGACACAAGCCACCUGAACAUGGACCCAAGCCGCCCCCAAAACACAAGCCACCAACCCCAGAAGAGACUGAUGAUAAGAAGCCAACCCUAGAACACAAACCUCCCAAGGAAGAGAAGCCACAUCCGGGACAUGAUAAGCCACCAUUUCAUGGACACCCUCCAGUGGUGAAUGUUGAAGAUGCACACAAGCCGCCCCAAGGCCCCAAACCGAACCUGCCCCCAAAGAAGCCACCCCAGAAGAAGCCACCAAGCGGUGGCAAGCCUCCGGCAACAGGUUCCAACUGAGAGAUAUGGACUGAUCACUUUUUUAUGGAUAGAAAUAAAACCAGUUGUGAUCUGCUGCUGUAUGCUUUCUUAGAAAGUGUCAGUUUCUAUGUAUGAGCUAGUCAUAACUAGUAUUACUACUAGUUGGAUUGUCUUCUUGUUAUUUACUACUCAGUUUGUGUAUGUGUAUCUUAAUUUGGUUGUAGCUAAUGGGCAUGGAUGUGCUCUUUAUCAAUGCUGCUUAUAUAGGCAUAUAUUAUUACUA